CGAUGGACCAUACGCGUCACGCUAUUUAUGCGCUCGCUUCUUAGAGGUCUCCUGUUCGCUUCUCUAGAUCGCCCAAGCAAGUCUACUGGCCUUCUUUGUCACAAUGAUUUCCAGAGUAGCCACAGCCCUCCACGUCAUCUUGGCGGUAGCGAUACUUGCAGUCACCGUCAGGGUCCUCUGCAUGAACAAGCUCGACGCUUCGUCCAGGUUCCCGAUGUGGUUGGGUCUAUUGCUACGGCGGUAAAGAGCGCGGCGUCCAGCGUGGUCACCGCCGCAGUCGCGUCAGGAGAGUCUUUGGUGGCCGCGAGUUUGCCGUCAAGCGUGUCCGUGGGAACAAAGUACGCAUGUGUGGAUUCUCGGUGCGCCGCCAUCCCUGGCUCUGCCCUGCGUCUGGUCCAAGACCUUGCCCCGUUCCUCCCUUCGCCCCAGGAAAUCGAAAAGUUGCAAGGACUGGUGGACAAAUGUCCGAACUUGGAGACCGUUCUGUCCGCCGGGCUCGCGUUGGUGUUAGUUUCGGCUAUACUCUUGCUUGCCGGCCUCAAGUUUAGGCUGCUCAGCUUUGUCUCGUUCGGGUUGAACGUUGUUGCUGUCGUGCUCUUCGCGGUAGUGACGGGUUUUGUGGUUUCGCUGCAUACAACGUCUCAAGCUGUCGCAGACUUGCUCGGCGUCGAAGCAAGCAAGGGGGAUGUUUUUGGAGCAUCGAUUGGUGAUUUGGUGGCGAGUUUGGUUAUGUGUGCGUUGGCCCUCGUCCAGAUCUUCCUCUAGAAAGGGAAUCGGCGGGUUGGAAGCGUUCCAAUGGGUGAAGUGCAGCUUUCUUUUAUCAUCAAUCCAGCCAUUUACGACGGCAGCAGUAGCCAACUGGUAGACUAGAUGCACACCUAUCCUUGUGGUCGGUCCAAAGGUGUAUGGCGGGGUCGGCUACUUGCUUGCAGUCAUAUGCCGCAGCAAUCACGUCUCAAGAGGAAAUACACAUGCGGAAGGCUGCUUUCCAUACAAUU